CUACGUCCUUCGUCUUAACUUGAAUGUAAAAAAAUUAUAUAGAAAAAAUGAGUUCAUUGUGAUCUAUAUAAUGAUAUAUUUUCGAUAUGUUUCAGAUACAAAUUUUUUAAACCAAUUAUACUACCGGCUAUCAUCAUCCUACUACUAUAGUCUAUUUCUAACACUGGCAUAUUCCUACCAACAUUGUAUAUUUUGAUACAUUAUGAUAUAAUUUUUUGUAUUGUCAUGUUCUACCAUCGUGGUAAAAAAUGCAUCGAUUAACUUUUGCUAUUCCAAAUAUAUCAAAGUGUCAUUUUGUAAAUUAUAAUUAAUUUGAUUUUUUGUGAAAAUGAAAGACGAAUUAAAAUAAGUGAGAUAUAGUGCAAGAAUGAGUAAUCAUAUCCUAAUCUAAAUUUAGCUGCAAUGGCUAGUUUUUUUUAACGUGUGAGAGUUUUUAUAAAAAAGUUGUGUUAUCUCCAAUCUUUUAUGAUCGGGAUAUUGUUCGUUUUGGGACUAUCCCUCGCGAUUUUACUUUUCGGUACAUCAUGGUGAUUUUCCGAGAAGGUUACACAUCUAUCUUUACAAUAUAAUAAACAUUUUGAACUUCAUAGUUCUUAGAAGAACUCAUUCAUAUCAUUUGAAAGCUUAGAUUUAUCACAUGUUUUGACCUAGAAUUUGCUUGAAGGUUAGUGGCAUAUUUAAGGUCCGCCGCCCUGAUCUACUGCGUUGUUUAUGUGUCUUCGUCCUAUAAUGAUGCUAUCUUUACCUCUUUAGAGAGCUUCACAUCUCCAGCAAGGUUAGUGGCAUAUAUAAUGAUGCAACCUUUUGAUUUUCCCUGUAUUUACUGGCUUUGGGACUUUUGACAGAAUCACCACGGAUCAGGAGAGUAGGAUGUGGUCGAUUCACAUGCUUCCAACAAAAUUAGGUGAUCAAUGCAACUCGUAUGCAUUUCUGAAGGUGCAUCUACCUGUGCCUUCACUACUUUCAGUCUGUUGAUAUUGCACACACUUUCAACAAUGGCGACCAAGAGCCAAUUCCUCCCGCCGAUCCUCCCAAUCCCGCUAUGUUUGUUCAUCGCUUUCCUGCCGGAAGCUGCCCCGUCGUGGCCUCUCCCCUCGGAGAUAGCCACCGGAGGCGCCUGGGUUCUCCUCCACCAAAGCAUUGGCAUCUCCGUAAUGCACAUGCAGGUUCUGCGAAACAACAAGGUCAUGAUGUUCGACCGCACCGACUUCGGCACUUCCAACAUCUCCCUCCCCGACGGCAAGUGCCGCUUCGACGUCACCCUCUCCCCCGUCGACUGCACGGCGCAUUCGGUCCUAUAUGACCUCGCUUCCAACACCAUCCGCCCUCUCGUACUUCAAACCAACACCUGGUGCUCGUCCGGAUCGCUCGACGCCGACGGCACCCUCAUCCAAACCGGCGGCCAUGACGAGGGCGAGCGAGUCGUUCGGUCGUUCGCACCCUGCGACGACAAUUCCUGCGAUUGGGUGGAGCUUUACUACACCAGUCUGAUGAAUCGGCGGUGGUACGCGACCAAUCAGAUCCUCCCCGACGGCAGGAUCAUCAUCGUCGGCGGGAGGAGUGUCUUCACCUACGAGUUCUACCCCAAAAGCUCCUCCUCCUCCCAAUUUGACAACCAGACACUCAAUUUCCUGUGGGAGACCCGAGACCCGGACGAAGAGAACAAUCUCUACCCGUUCCUCCACCUUUUGCCCGACGGGAAUCUCUUCAUUUUCGCCAACAAUCGGUCCAUCCUGUUCGAUUACUCUGCCAAUCAAGUGAUCAAGGAGUACCCUGUAAUGCCCGGCGGCGACCGGCGGAAUUACCCCUGCACCGGGUCCUCCGUUCUGCUUCCGCUUCGAUUAACAGAAUGUAAUGCGGUUGGGAUCCCCUGCGGCACCCCUAGGGCGGAGGUGAUGAUCUGCGGCGGCGCUCCUCCGGGGGCGUUCGCCAAGGCCAACAACCAGAGCAUCUACGUGGAAGCGUCGAGGACCUGCGGCAGGAUGACAGUAUCCGACCCGAAUCCGCAAUGGGUCAUGGAGCAGAUGCCGGGGCCCCGUCUCAUGAGCGACAUGAUACUCUUGCCGACAGGAGAUAUCAUCCUCAUCAACGGCGCCGCGAGAGGCAGCGCCGGUUGGAACAAUGCCCGUGACCCUGUUUACAACCCGUUCCUCUACCUUCCCGACGAAGAAGACCCGUCUCGGAGAUUCAUCAUCCUCCCGCCGUCGACAACUGCGAGACUGUAUCACUCGACGGCAGCGCUGUCGCCGGACGGGAGGAUUCUGGUGGGCGGGAGCAACCCGCACCCGACAUACAACUUCACGGCGGGUCCUUACCUGACUGAGCUAAGCCUGGAAGCGUUUGAUCCAGGGUAUCUCAACCCGGACUAUGCCCAUCUGCGGCCGUCGAUCUUGACUGUAGAAUCCUCCAUUGACGGGACAGUGAAGUAUCAGGAGAUGUUCUCUGUUUCGUUGAUGCUGCCGUUUCCCGAUCCUUAUGAACCGGUGGCGGUGGUGCUGAUUGCGCCGUCGUUCAGCACGCAUUCGUUCGGAAUGAACCAGAGGAUGGUUGUGCUGGGAGUGGAGCGACAGCCUAGAUUUGGCCUUAAAAUGAACGUCAUCGGGCCGAAAGAUGUAAAUGUAGCUCCUCCUGGUUACUAUAUGUUGUUCAUAGUCCACCAUGGCAUUCCUAGCCCUGCUGUCUGGGUUAAGGUCAGAUGAUGAUUCUUCUUCGUUUCCACUCUGUAAUUUUGACUAGUUGCUGUGAAUUCUGGAAAGGGAACUCGACUUGAAAAUCUUGAAUGAUGAUUCAGAACAAGCUAAGAGUUCAAACGAAAAAUAGAAUGGGCAAAUAGUU